GUAUGAUAUGUCCACUCACAAGAUACUGGGUUGUCCAUUUUGUGGGAACCGCAUGGUUUCGGUGACAAACUCGUUGGCGACUCUAUACCCCGAUAUCGCAUCGCAGUGGCAUCCGACAAAGAAUGGAGAUGUGCAACCCUCUAAAAUCCUUCCCAAUUCGAGCUUCAACGCUUGGUGGAAGUGUUCGAAUGGAGAGGAUCAUGAAUGGAGACGCGUAGUGUCUCACCGUGUGUUUCCACGUUCUCCAAAUGAGGGGAAGUGCCCAUUCUGCCAGCGAGUGGAUCUUCAUUCUCAAAGCUUGGCGAUUUGCAGACCUGAUUUAGCAAAAGAAUGGGACUACGCGCUGAACGGAGAAUUGACUCCGUUUAUGGUUACAAAGAGUAGUUCAAAACGUGUUUGGUGGGUGUGUGAGAAUGGCCAUCAUUACCAAAGCACGGUUUACAAUCGAGGAAGCACGCACAAUACGGGUUGUCCGAUUUGUUUAGGAAGAAAGGUGAGCGAAGAAACCAGUCUGGCUCGCUGCCAGCAGUUGCUUCCCUUUCUUGAUAUGACCAAAAACGGAGAUUUGAAUCCUUCCCAAUUCUCCAUUCACAGUCGAAAGGCGCUGUAUUGGCGCUGUCCAGAAGGAGAAACAGACCAUUCAAAGCGGGAUCAUAAAUGGCGCUGCUCGGUGAAUGAGAUGCUACACGUUUAUAAUGGAGAGUGUCCGUAUUGCAGUCGCAUUUUGGUGUUUGAGGGGAAUCCAGAGAGAGAAAAGAGAGGAACGAAGUCGAAUGGAACUAGUACGAGUAGUGGUAAUAGUAGGAAGAAUCGUUGCUACGAAUUGAUUUGUGUAGAAAGAAAGGCAAAGAUGGUGUCUGGAAAGGCUCGAAGAAGAGUGUUUGAUAUCGAUGGGCUAAUUGAAACGAUGCAAGCAAAUGAAACAAAUGUAGAAUGA